AUGUGGGUUUGGGUCGAUUGGACAGUAAUUUAUUCUGUAGAAGUGGUGGUGUUCAUUUUAACGUUGAUUUUAACAUUUUAUCGUCUUAUCGCAAAUUAUAAGAAUAUUAGAGAUCAAGGAUUAUUAACAGCUUUCAUAUUCCUGUUAUAUCCAAGUUUUUGGCAAAUCUUAGCUGCUUCUAUGGGAUUAGUUUGGUAUACCAAAGAAUCAUGGAAAGAUGUAUGGUUCAUAUUGAAUAUCUUUUUCGAGAUCUUGGGUACAGGGUUUAGUUUAGUUCAAUUAGAAGUUAUUGUUAAUGCUUUUUACACUAAAACUGAAACCAAAGCUUCAGUUUUCAGAUACUUAAUCUUGUUCUUAGUAUUAACAGCUUCAGUAUUAUCUUUAGUGGGGGUAAUACAAAUUAGAACUACAUUUAUCUACUAUCAAGCUGGAUCAACCAUUUUAGCAGCAUCAAUCAUAUUCUUCUUAGGAAUGUUAGUAGGGACUUUUAAGGUUAAUACUAAAUUCAUUGGCAUGAUAUUCUUUGCAUCAAUCUUACUUUUAGCAUCAUCAUGUUAUUUCAUGUAUUUAGCAUUUGGUCAGAUAUUGACUUUCCAAUAUGCUAACUAUAUAUUGUUUGUGAUAUUACAAUUUGUGGUCAAAUUCCUUGUAUUUGGAAUCUCUCAAUUGUUAAUCAAUCAAUUACUUUAG